UUUAUUUUACCCAUAAAAAAGAAAUAUCAAGAAAAAUGGAAGCAAUCGGCCAGUGGAGGAGCUGCUCUCCUCUCUGAAUCCUUCUCUAUGGUUGGCCCUUAAAACCCACUUCCAGAAAUGGCUGUUUCUCUCAAUUUGUUCACUGCUUUCAACUCAACGAAGUUGCAAGUCACUUAUGAGAACGUUUCGAGACCCUCGUUUUCAAACGUCAGAAAAUCAACGUCCUUCCGUGGGAUGUAUGGCACAAUAAGAGGAUUUGGAAAGGAUAGAAGACGUGGAUUGUCUCUCUCACUUGCGGCUACAGGCAGUAACCAGGUAGACACAGACACGAAUGAGAAGGGUUCUGAAAUUACUGGAAGAACUCUCUCUAAUGACAAUUCAUCAGCUUUGAGUCAAUCACCUUCAGAUGCUUCAGCAGAUAAUGGAAUCUCUCAACUCAAUGUUACCAGUAAGUCUUCUUCUCAAUCAUCUGAGGCUUCCAAUGGACAAGUAUUGUCUUCAGAUCAGAAUCCAGAUACAAGUUCAUCACCUGAUUUACAAUCCACAAAAAAAUCUCCAUUAACUGCAAGAGAAAGACUAAGGGCAGCUCGUGUUCUUAGCCGUUACAACGAAUCGAAGACCUCCAAGUCUGACAUGGGCAGCAAAGUAUUGGAAGCGAUACGAGAGAGUGAUCGUGGGAAGAAAAGGUCGAGGCUUCCAGAAGCGCCUACUAAUUUGUUCGAUGAUAGCAAGCGAGGGAUGCCAGAACCAGGCUGGACGUUUCAGUUCCCGGGGGGUUCGGAUCUUUUUGUCAUUGCCUUUUCAUUCGUUUUCAUUAGUACAGUGAUGUUUGCUACCACCUACAUUGUGUGGAAAGUUGGUGCAAUUCAUUUUAAUGAGUACUGAAGUGCACUGCAAAGAGGUUAGUUUGAUCUCUCAAAAAGCUACCUCCUGUCCUAGAAAUAGUUCUUUGAUCUUCUUCUAUAUGACUUGGAUGCUCAUCUUUUGCUAGAUGCCAUACUCAGUAAUGUUUUGCAUAGUUUUGAAUGUACAAAAAAAGUUUUUUGCUCAA